CUGCCUCCCCCCUCCCCGGGGGAAGGCCUUUUAAUUUAUUUAUUCUGCUGGGACUUAGGUGGGGGGCUUGGCUGGCGGGGGAGGGGGUCUCCCCGGGCUCUACCUCCCGCGGCUGGGGCUACCCUCCGAGCUGCGGCCGCCUCGGCUUGCGCCUCGGACCUCCAAAACUGUUUGCAAACUGACAAGACCCGAGGUCCGGGAGUGGCGGCGGCCAAUCAGCGUGCGGCUUCCAUUUUGUGAGUUCAACUCCUAGGCUCCCGGGCUUCUCGAGGACGCUUUUGCAGCCCCCUCUGCCUUUCCUGUCGGGCGGCCGAGGCAGGGGAACCGCCUCGUUGGGGCUUCGUGGUGGUGUAUUUCAUAUUGGGGCUCUUUUCGGGGUUUGUAAUUUGGCAGUGGGUAGGUAAUUGGCUAGAGCAGGGCGGCAGGGCGCGGCAGCCAAUGAGCGCUCGGCUUCUAUAGGGCUUGAGUUAUUAGACGCUGAUCUCAAAACAUCCUUCAUCAGACACCAAGGAGAGGCCAACAGAUGAGGGGAGCCAUUUUUCUGCAAUGGAAUUAAAUGGCCAAGCUAAAGGAUUCACAAUUGGAAGAAUGAAGAAGACUUUUUAAAAAGAUCUGGAUUUUUCCUUAUGACUUGGAAUCCAUCUUUGUCUUGUAUAACUAGGUCAUAGCACACCAUUAAUGUCAGCAGUUAACAAUUUUGAAUUCCAAAAAACCUAAAGCAGUAAACAGUCCUCAGCGAAGCCGCCUUUUGCCAACCCAACCCUGGAAAGUUUGCAGAAGUGGAAGGAGCAGAAAAUGCCAUGAGAGUGUAACUUUAAAAAGCUUGAUCUUCCAGACUCCUUGGCACCGGGCUGAGCGGGCGAGAGAAAGGUCUGUCUAGCGACCUCGGACAUCCAAGGAGCCGCCUGCGCUCGUCCCCCUCGCUUUUCUAGGCUCACGACCGGAGAAGAGGUAUCCCCAACGUUGACCGUCUUUUUUCGGACAGCAGAAACAGGUCCAGUUUGACUCUGACAAUCUUACCGCUAAGGUAGGUGUGAGCCCUUUCCCGGCCUGAGACGGAGAUUUGGGGGGCUUUGGCCUGGCGCCCAGGGAGGGCGGGCAUCCUAAACCCGCUCGUCUGGUUCUGCAGCCCCUCCCCCCCACAGAUGUGUGGGAUCGUGUGUGUGAAAUCGACUGCCUGCUGGGCCUGCUUGGUCCAUCCAUCCCCGCCUGUCAGCUUCUGUUGUCAGGAGUUUGGGGCGUGCAAUUCUCUGCCGUAUUUAGCAGCAUAGGAGAGGCUGCACUUGCAAGUAUUUCCCAGUUGUGUGUUUUGUGGUGGGGGGAGGGCCCUGAAUGCCUCUUCUGAAAGGCACAGUCGGCUGCCAGGAAACCCGGCUGAGCACUGGCCCUCCCUUCCGGCCCUCAGUGGGGCGUGUGGGGUGACUGUAUGAGCUGGCCUCUUCUCUGAUGUCUGGCUGCUAGGGAGGUGAACAACAGAAGAACCUGAGAUCUGGGCCAGUUUCCUAUAAGAAAGAGGCCUCAUGACUCUUCCCUUUCCAGGGAAUUCCCAUAAUUCUGCUUCAUCCCCUGCCCCCCAAAACCCUGUUUCUAGAAUUGGACAAACCCAGAUUUGAAACUGGGCUAGCCAUUUUACCUAUGACCUUAUGUAAGUUGCAGUCUCUGAGCCCAAGUUUCCUUCUUUGCACAAAUGGGAUAGUGAUUCUUGAAGUCGAGUGUGCAUCCGAUUCAUGAGAAUCAGCUCCAAGGCCCGGUCCCCAAGUUUCUGAUUCAAUAGGUGGGGUCUGAGAACUUGCAUUUCUAACAAGUUCCCAGGUGAUGCUGAAGCUGUGCUGUGGAGACACAUUUUGAGGACCUUUGAGCUAGGUAACACCUUGAAGCCCCCAAGCUCAUUGGCUUGGGGCAGAGUGGCCUGUUUUGUAGUAACUGUCACCGCCUCCUUAUUCUCCUAACACAAGCCGACUGUGUACAGUUUCCCAUCCUCUUUAUCUCCAGGAAGCGCCACAGCUGGAGAUAGUACGGCCCUUGAUCUCUGACCCCUUCUCUCUGUGAUUACCUUGGUGAACCAUUUGGGUCCGGGUGCUGCCAAUUGCACUCCUCCCCCAUUUGAGCCCAGGCUUGGCUUCCAAGUCUGAUCAGCCCUGUUCUCUUUAACCCCACCCCUCAGCGUAGGGGCUAAACUGCGUAUUGGGGGAGCCAUAGGGCUUGAUCUGGAGAUUCCAUUGGGGGCAUCUUGGUGCUUAACGAAGGGAGGCUCUAGGUUCGGCAGCUGUGGGCUUGACUCUCUGCUGUGCUGGUGACCUUGGGCGAGUCCUCUGUGUAAAGCGAUGAUAAUGAAGUCUGUUGUAAAGGGUGGAGGAUUAAGUGCGAUUAAGGGAGCUGGCCUCACGUUCAGGCUUCACACUAGUUGGCUUCCAUUCGGUGUGGCUGGUGGGGGCUGGACUUCUUUCAAGCUCCUCCCUGACCUGCCCACCCCAAGCACGUGGCAAAGCCUCAGGGCAAAGGGGAAAAUUGACUUUACAGGCUGGGAGCCAGCCCGGUUUUUUCCUCUAGUAUCUGAGUUGGGAAGGUGGCCUUUCCCCAUUUUCACAGGCUGUUCCAUGAGAGGUCAUGAUUUGGGGUCCCCCCCCACCCGGAGAGUAGAAGUGACUCACCCAAGGUCACGAGGCCACCACUGGCAGGCAGCCAGGAUGGGAUUCCAGGUGUCUUGACUUCCAGCCCAGUGCCUGUGUCCAUGGUCCCGCUCGGCCCAGCUGUCUAAGUUAUUUUGGGCUCCCUCUCACGCCAGCUGUCUGCUGGCAUCACUGCCCAAGAGCUGGAAAAGCUAUCUGGUUGAAAGUAACCAGCGUGGUGCUUUUGGCUCCUUCUUGCUGGCCAUGCCUUGGCUCCGUGGAGGUCUCCAGUCCCAGAUAAGCUGGGUUUGGUAUCCUGUCCUUUGCUGGGGGGUAAGGGGUACAGCCCACCAGACUCCCUCCCUCUACCCAGUGUGAGCACUUUGUAAAAGCUGGUGAGGCUCACAUAAUAAUGAGCCCCAUGAGCCUCUUCCCUCCUUCCACACUUGCCUCAAUCCUGCAGUUUAACUUCGGCUUUGCCAUUGACGAGUUCAUUCAACCCCCUGGAUCUGCCCCUGUUGACUUCUGCCACCUGAGGUUGUCCUACAUCCCUUCUUAAAGAGUCUUUAGGGCUCUGUAGGGUAGGAGUCUGCCUACUCUGGGCACUGGACAGUUAAAGUGAUUUCCCUCCCAGCAGCAGCCUGGAGGGCUACAGCCAGUUUCUCCACUCCCGCCCUCAGACCAAUUAGGGAGCAGUUAGGUGCUCAGCUGUGGUCUGGGUGUUUCCUGGAAGGGAGCGGUGCCCCCACAACCUGCACCGCCUUCAUGCUUCCUUUCCUCUUUCACCCCCUCUUUCUGAUUUCUUUGUCCCCCACGCCAGUAUCACCUCUGUGGAGAGAGGGGCGGGGCAGCCUAUCUGUCCUCCUUGGGCCCAGAGGGUGGCUCCGCCCUGAUCACCCAGUGAGCUCGGGGCGGGGCUGCUCCUGGCGCCCAGCUGGUGGAGCCUGCCCUGAGAGGGCCACGCCAGCGGAAGGGCUGGGGAGGUGGCUGGACCUGCCUUACGACUGGCCGCCUGGGUCCCGCCCCUUCCGGCCCAUCUUCCGUGGCCUGGAAUCCGACCUUUUGGACCCUGUGUGUGAAGACUCAGCCUCUGCCUGGACUGUGGAGAUGGGCAGCCCAUCAUCUCAGAGGCCGCCUGGGUCCCGUAUUGUCUCCAGCUGGUUGGUGACCUAGGCAGUUUCCCACCCCUCCAAGAGUCAUGGUCUCCCCCAUAUUAGCCAGGAAGAGGGAGUUGCUGGAUAACCUUUUAGCUGUUCCCCAGUAUGGCUUUGUGCAGGCAGCUUUUUGUACUCCAGCAGUGACUCCCCGACCCCACCACCAAGUGCUGAGGCCUGGAGGGAAUCUUGAACAGGGAUAGAUAACCUUGACAGCACUCCCUGCCAGGGCCACACAGGGCCACCUCCCAUCUCUGGGACCUCAGAGGAAGGUUCAGUUUCUGUCUCACAUGAGGUGGAUGAUAUCCCAGAGUGUUCUGAUGCUCCUGGGAAGCAGAAGCCUCAAGCAUUGAUGUUGGUUUCCCCAUCCUAAUUUAUACUGGCCAGACUUUGCCCUGACAAGACAGAAGUGGACCUGCCCAUAAUAGAGCCCAGGCCUAAAUUUAUUUGUUCAUUCCCAUAAAUGUCACCUGCCAGCUCUCCUAGGCUUCUGUGUCUAAAUAGCUCUGUGGCAAGCUCGAAUUUAAAGAUGCUUUCUUACCCUCCUAAAUCUCUCCAGGAAUUCCUGGUGAAUAGAGGAAUGACACCGGUCCUCAGAACAUCUCACAGGCUGGAGUGAAUGACACAGUUUGCUUAGAGUGGGGUGACCCUUCUAAGUGAAAUCUCCCAAGGUUCCUCCAGGUGAGGCAGUCUCACUCUCCCAGCCACUCCCUGAGCUUCAGGGUCCCUGAUGCGGGGCAAGCCUGAGGCAGCCAAAGGGAAGAGGCUUGUGCCUGGCUCAAAGGUAAGUGCUUCCCCCCUCCCUCCAAGCCCUCUUCCAUCCUCUCCCUCCCUAAGUGAUGCCCCCCCCCUCCACCCCAGUGGUCCUGCGGAAUCUCACUUCUGACAUGUAUUUGGACCUGUUUCCCUCCUCUUUUGCUAGCCUCCAGCUGCCACUGUGCACCCCAGCCCUGUCCCAGCCUCACCAGCCAAUCACAGCUCCUCCCUGGUCAUGGGAAAAGCUUUGUCUGGGCUUCUCUCCUGUUAAGAGCCUCUGUCCAGCACCCCUCUUGAGCCUGGCAACCAGGCCUCCACGAUCUAACCCUGGUUACUAACUUGACAAUCAUGUCUGGCCUCCCUCCCCAGCCACUGCCAAACCUGAUACGAUGUCUAGCCACCAUACACUUACCCAGGCUGGGUACCCAUCCUACUUCUGCUGGCCUUUCCUGCCAAGCUUGGUUCAUGUGCUGCCUGCCUCUCAACCUUCUCUGAACCCUAGAGGCUUUGGUGUCUAAAUUGUUCACAUCUCAGAACGCUCCCCGCAAGACUGAGUUCCUCAGAGGCAGGAACACAAUUCCCUCUCAAUAAACUUGUGCUGCAAAAAAGGAAUGAAUGGAUGGCUGUUAAUUCGUCUAGGAGUGCUUGACCCAGCAAAUGUCUUCUGGCCCAGGGACAGGAAAAGGCUUUCCACUUAACUACCUUGAGCUGGCCCUUCUCUUCCCAGCGCUGGGCUCUUUGGGGACUUCCAGGGGUGGUCGCUGCUGCCAUCUGGUGAUCAGAUCAUGCCUUGCAGCUGUUGAAAACCUCCACCUGGCAUUUAUGGAACUGCCAGGUUGGCAGUUUCCCUUCCGUAGUAGAGUUUACCUGAUCCUUGUUGAGAACUUGGAAGUGGGGAAUCUUCCAGGUGAAGUGGGGGCAAGAAGAUCCUGAGUGCUGCCAGCCCUUCCCUGAGGGAACUACUAGCGGUCCUACCCAGCUGGGAAAGACCUCUCUCACCUAGCCAUGUCUGGGUACUUGCUUGGCAUGUACUUGCUCCAGGGGUUCCCUCUGCCACUCCUGACCUCUGGGCAAAAGACAGCCCGAGGUCGCAAGGAGGUAAGGGUUGGAAGGCAGGGGUGAUCUCAGCCAGCCACCCUGAGAGUACCUGUCCAGGGCCAAGGCUCAAUAAAUAGCUUUGGUGAGGAGUUGGGAGGGAUGGGGAGAGAGCUUGGGAUGAAGGAUGUGCGUGGCUGCUGGCUGGAGAACACAAAUUUCUUGGUGGGAGAGGGGUUGUUAGUCUCCAAAGUGGGCAGAACAGGGCCCAGCUGAUCUCAACUAGAUCUACCCUCGCUUUCCCCGUUCCCUCCUCGACGGAGUCUUGCUUGGUUCACGGUUCUGGGCCUUGCUAGAAAGAGGCUUCAGCUUGCGUGGUUUGGGGCCAACCCUCGAAAGGGUAUUGUUCUGGGGCCGCUCACCUGUUUCCAAAUUCGCGGCGCCGAGGCAAUCGCCCGGCAGAGGGCGCCAGACCUCCACCUUUGGGGGCGGAGUGAUAGGUAAGCGUAACUGCUAAUCCCCGCACACAAGCAGGCAUCUGGUGGGCAGACACGACCUCCAUACCCUGAUCUUCCCUGGCACCGCCGACGCUACUUUCUUGGGGGAGAGGUCAGAGCGGAUUUCCCCUAGGCCACCCAGUUGGGGCGGGGCAAAACUGAGAGCUUGAGAUCUAGACUCCUCGAACCCGCUGGGAGACAAUCCGCCAAUCAAAGGGUCCCUGUCGGAUUGGAGGAGGCCGAGUCGGCCUAUCAGAGGGUCCGUGCCCGAAGACAGUUUGCCAAUCAAAGGUGCUGGGUAGGGAGGAAUGGAAACGUCGUAUCUUGCCGGUUGGGGGCGCGCCGUGACUAGUGGGGGAGGAAAUAGGAGCUGCGCUUGCGGCUGAGCGCUUUUUCAGUUGCCUCAGUUUCCCUGGGAAUGAAAAGUGAAGACUGGCCUGAGACCCUAGCAGGAAGGAAACAGGCUGGGAGGUCGACCCGGUUGACUGCCUGGCGGAGGUGGUGUCUUUUUUCCGAGGGCGGGGCUCAUUUUAGCCCCGCCUCCGGACCCGCCCCCGCUUCGUUCGCUCAACCCCAGCGCUCUUCCCUGCGCGCUGCCGCCAGUGCUGCCGGCUGUCGGCUAUGGACACCCCUGGGGCCCCGGCCCCGACCGCCGCGCCAGGCCCGGGCCGGAAGGAGCUGAAGAUUGUGAUCGUGGGCGAUGGCGGCUGCGGCAAGACUUCAUUGCUCAUGGUGUACAGCCAGGGCUCCUUCCCCGAGCACUAUGCCCCAUCCGUGUUCGAGAAGUACACAGCCAGAGUGACGGUGGGCAGCAAGGAAGUGACCCUGAACCUCUACGACACUGCCGGGCAGGAAGAUUAUGACCGGCUACGGCCCCUGUCCUACCAGAACACCCACCUCGUGCUCAUCUGCUACGAUGUCAUGAACCCCACCAGCUAUGACAACGUUCUCAUCAAGUGGUUCCCUGAGGUCACACAUUUCUGCCGUGGGACCCCCACGGUGCUCAUCGGCUGCAAGACAGACCUGAGGAAGGACAAGGAACAGCUGCGCAAGCUCCGGGCAGCUCAGCUGGAGCCCAUCACCUACAUGCAGGGCCAGAGUGCCUGCGAGCAGAUCCGAGCUGCCCUCUACCUGGAAUGUUCUGCCAAGUUUCGAGAGAACGUGGAGGACGUCUUCCGAGAGGCCGCCAAGGUUGCCCUCGGUGCUCUGAAGAAAGCACAGCGGCAGAAACAACUCCGGCUGUGCCUGCUGCUUUGACACAUCCUGGCGGGGCACACGGCCCUCAGGAUUGAACUGACAGGGCCCGGGUCCCCAGGCCCAGACUGCUUCCCAGACUCUGCCCCCUCCCCAGCUCUGGAAGAGCACUUGGAAUCUGGUGUCUCCAGUGCCUGGUGUCUGGAGCCUGUGGUUAGGUCCUUAGAACUUUCUGGAACUCUCUCCUUUCCCAGCUGGGGCUCUGGCCAUGAGCCCCACUCUGGACUCAUGGGAGCUGUGGCCUGUGUGGUGGUGAUGGGUAAGGAGGCUGGACUCCGAGUCCCUCUGUACCCUGGAACCAGCUCUUGUCCCCAGGACUCAGGAGUGCCCGCAUCACAACCUCCCCCUGGCUGUGUGUCCCCCUCUGCACACGCAGUAGGUCCUCAAAGGCUAUGCCUGAAGUGAAAAAUGACGUCUGGUAUGUGGGUGAAUGAGAAACUUGGCAGCAUUCCACAUGGCCCCCAAGUGCUUUCCCAAGUCACCCACCUCCCUGGACUCCUGAGAUAGGCAUGGCUGCAUCCUUCAGCUUCUGGCUUCCUCCUCCUAGGAGUCCAGGCUACCUCCAUGAUGGGACUGGGGCCUAUCAGAAGAACACAGGCACCAGCCCCCUCCUGCCCUUCCUCCUCCACGCCUCACAGAAGACUUCAGUCUCAGCCUUUGGCUUGGCUACCACUCUCCAGAGCUGGGCAUAUACAAAGGCAAGAGGAACUUCCCGAAGAGCAAAAAGUAUUUCCUGGACCGUCCACCUGACCCCUGCUCAGCGUCUCCUCCCCUGCAACCCCUCUUCUCCAACUACUUGCCAGAUGAAAAGGGACAUCAGCUCCAAGUGAUCUUGGGCAAGUCAGGCUCUCUAGGACAGUUUCCCUACCUGCAGCAGGACGGCACUGGCUCAUUAACUAGUCAUCAAGCUCUCCACUGUCCCUCCCAGGCUCCACUUCUGUCAAGAUGGGGAGAUCUGAAACCAAGGCCAUCCUGGCGCCCUUCGUUAACAGACUUGAUCAACACCCAGCACACAUUCUCUGAAUCUCCUGAAAGGUCUGAGGUCAGGGGCCCAGGAGUUUUUAAACAAGUGCCCCAGGUGAUCCUGAUGCCCCAGAGAUUGAGGGCUGGUGGCUGCCGAGUUAGCUCAGGAAUCAGUGCUAAGAGGAGGUAAUGGCUUCAGGGGCUCCUGCCUCAGCCCCUCCUUUGCCCAGUGCAUUGGUCCACUGGGCCUGAGAAAGAGACUUCCAAAGUCCAGCCCACCCUACCUAGGUUCCCCAAGGCCUUGCAGACAAACAGUAGUCUAGGACAGAGGUCCACAAACGACUGUGGGCCAAAUCUGGCCACCUAUUUUUGUAAAUAAAAGUUUUAUUGAAACACA